AGCCCGGUGGCUCGCGCAAGUCACUCGGUGGCGGCGGCGCGGCGCUACGCGACGAAGAUGGCGGCCUCCUGGGUGCGGGUGGCCGUGGUCCUGCUUUGUGCCUCUGACUUGCUGCAGCUACUGCUCCUGCCGCCUGGGGCCGACGCGGCCGAGGGCUCAGCCGGGAUGCCCAGCGAGGCCACCCCACCACCCCAGAAGAAGAAGAAGGACAUUCGCGAUUACAACGAUGCAGACAUGGCGCGGCUUCUGGAGCAGUGGGAGAAAGACGAUGACAUAGAAGAAGGAGACCUUCCGGAGCACAAGAGACCCCCAGCGCCCGUCGACUUCUCCCAGAUAGACCCGGGCAAGCCCGAAAGCAUACUGAAGAUGACCAAGAAAGGGAAGACCCUGAUGAUGUUCGUUACAGUGUCGGGAAGCCCCACGGAGAAGGAGACGGAGGAAAUCACGAGCCUCUGGCAGGGCAGUCUUUUCAACGCCAACUACGACGUCCAGAGGUUCAUCGUGGGAUCAGACCGCGCUAUCUUCAUGCUUCGCGACGGCAGCUACGCCUGGGAGAUCAAGGACUUUUUGGUCAGUCAAGACAGGUGUGCCGAUGUGACUCUGGAGGGACAGGUGUAUCCUGGCAAAGGAGGGGGAAGCAAAGAGAAAAACAAAACCAAGCAAGAGAAGGGCAAAAAGAAGAAGGAAGGAGAUACAAAAUCUCGGGCUUCCAAGGAAGACAAUCGAGCCGGAAAUAAGAGAGAAGACCUGUGAAGGGGCAGCCCCGGCGUUCUGUGAGGAGCAGGCGUGGGACACAGAGAACUCCUUGCUGCCUCGUGGAGCGGGGGCAGGAGCAGGAAACCGCACACUGGAUGACAUUCUAGUUUCUUCUAGAAAGGGUCUGCCAUGUGACCAGUUUGUGGUCAGCAUAAGAAUUGUUGUUCUAAAGGCUUCAAGUAGAAAGACCUCGGUUUUCUGCUUAAUACUGGACAGUAUCACUUUUGCUAUGAAAUCACCUUCCAUGGAAACUUGACCACGUCGCUUUUUCCCGUUUGAAUUUGGUGACUCGUCCACUGCCAGGGUACCACUCUCCUCGUUGUCGCACCUGCUCCUGUUGGUGCUUUUUAUCUUCCGCGUCUGCUUUUUAUUUUCUGUUGACUUAAAAGGACAGCAAUUUCUAAUCAAACAAGCUUUUCAAACUCUUGAGUCAGACUCUUUGUGCCACAAGCAUCAUUUUUUUUUUUUUUUUAAUUCCUGAGAAUGUAAAAAAAUACUAUGGGAGCCCUGCAGGUUGCUCUUAUACCUGUAUGCCAGGUGUCGGGAAGCCAGGGCGUGUAGAUUCACAAUCUACCCAGGAAAUGCAGAGAACAGGAAAUGAUGUCUCUUGGACAUCCUAAGAAGUUCCUUGGACUCGAUUGUACUGGUCAGUUAAGGAGAACUAUGGUGUUGGCCAGCUUUGCUGUGGCCUGUGAAAUUCAGAGAUCUGUCUUGUUUCCUUACUUAGGAAAGAGUCAUGGUGUCAAGGAUUUAUAUAUUCCAUUGAAGGGGACAGUUUUUAAGAUGGAUAAAACUAUGCAGGGUGCAGUAGAAGAGUAGAUCACCUCAUUUAUCUCUAAACAUCUUUGUUUUGAUAAAGUGCCUAAAUUUGUGGUGUUUUUGUACGGUACUAAUAUGAUGCGCUAUUGCUAAUGUCUGAUUUUGCUGUCCACGUGUUGGAGCCUACUCUGGUAAGAGUUUGUAUUCAGAUGUCAUUUUGAAGAAGUAAAAUUCUUUGGAGAAAAAAACCCUUAACUGUAAUUUUAAGAAAUGUAAAAUAAGGCAUGAUCGAACUCGAAAAACAAGCGUCAGUGUUAAGGAAUGGCGGGAAGCAGAAGGUAUAUCCCUACUCUGUUGCCAGCACCUUGCUCCAGUGGUCUCUACUGUUGACCUUUCGUUUAAAAAGAAACAAAGUAACUGA